ACCCAGAAAUAUAUUUCAUCAGCAAAAUGGAGGACAGAAAUUAAUUGCGCAGAUAUUUCUUUUUACAAAAACAGUUAUUUCUGCUGUGAUAUAGAUAUAUAUCAUCUCGAGGGCUAGGCUUUGAUUUGGCCUCAGCCCUCUGAACGGCUCCAAAUGACAGCCAAAGUCAUUUCGAAUGUCUUCAAACGUGGGAAGGACAUUUUCCGACUCGCACUUUCAAAACAACCACAAAAUGUUGAAGUCCGACAACCCAAAACAGAACUAUUCCGUCUGCAUCCAUCUCAAGUUGUAGCUCCAAUAAGAAGCAUCUUAUUUACAAGUCGUGUGUCAUACAAAACGAUUGCCAGUCACCUAAGACGACGAGCAGCUUUUGAGUUUGGAAGACCGCAACGACUUCCAUUUUUCGGCUUUGUUGGUUUGGCCUUGGCAACUUCGGCACAAAAUGAUAAUGAGAAAUUGACAGAAGAGAUCAGAGAAGUUCUACAGAACAGAAUCAAGACCAGUCCAAUUAUACAACAACUGUCCCUGGAAUCAUUUGACCUAGGUCAGGUUAUUGGUAAAGGAUGUAAUGCUGUUGUGUUUGAAGCUAGACAGAAAGAUGGAGAGGCUGCGACCCUUGAACUUGAUAAUUCUUCAGAUUUUGAAAAUGUUAAUUUACAAUCAACCAUUGUGGAGGAUGAAGAAGAUAAAUGGUAUCCACCUACUGAGCCAUAUGUUGAGGAAGAAACCAGCCAAUCAUUUUCUGUGAUCAGUGAAGGGGAGACAAUUAUGUCAAGUUUUUCAAUAAAUGAAGGGGAGACAAAUGAAAGUUUUUCCUUCAUUGAGAGCAGAGAGGUCACUCUGAACCAGUAUCAUUUUGAUGAUGAACUUUCUAUGGAUAGCAUGUCCAUUUCAACUGAAUUAAAUGAUGGAGAGAGUGAAAAUACAGAAUCUGAGGAGGAAUGUGAUAAGUGGUCAUUUAUUGAGGAGGAAGGAAUUGAAACAGGAUCAAUAGAAGAUACCACAUCAAUCAAAUAUAACCUGGCUAUAAAGAUGAUGUUUAACUAUGAAGUCGAAUCAAAAGCUGAUUCUAUAAUGAAGGCCAUGGAAAAGGAGACUGUCCCUGCUAGAGUUCCCAUUUACCAGCAAGGGAAUUCAUGGUACUUUAGAAACAGAGUUAGACUAAAAUCAUUACCACAACAUCCAAACAUAGUUGAUAUGAUUGGUGCAUUUGUUGAUCCCUUUAACGUGCCUCAGUUGUCUGUUGCCAUGGAAACCUAUCCAGCUGCAUUACCGAAGAGACUGUAUUCAAGUGGACUAGGACGUAAUAUGACAAUGUAUAUAGUGAUGAAGAAGUAUGAUAUGACACUGAGAGAAUAUUUAGAACAGCAUAAACCAGACGUAAGAACAAGAUGUCUUCUGCUGACACAGCUAUUGGAGGGAAUCAUACACCUAGGGAAUCAUGGGAUAGCACAUAGAGAUAUUAAAACUGACAACAUGUUUUUGGAAUAUUCAGAAUCAUCAGUACCCAAGCUUGUAAUUGGAGACUUUGGAUGUUGUUUGGCAGACACAGAAUUUGAACAGAAACUUCCAUAUUUUACAUCUGAUGUAGACAGGGGAGGCAACUGUUCAUUAAUGGCACCUGAGAUUUCGACGGCCAUUCCCGGUAGAGAUGUCUGGUUAGAUUACAAUAAAGCUGAUCUCUGGGCUGUAGGGACUAUUAUUUAUGAACUGUUCUCUAUGGACAAUCCUUUCUAUGGGAACCAGUUUGGACAAGGAUUACUGGAUAGUAGAACCUACAGGGAACAAGAUCUGCCCUCCUUACCAGAUACAGUACCACAUAUUGUCAAGUUACUAGUAAGACUGUGUUUAUCUAGAGAUCCCACAAAGAGACCAACCCCUACUGAUGCAGCCAAUCUAAUGCAGAUUUAUCUGUGGUUACCUGAAUGGUUUGUGUUUAAGCCUGAUCUUUCUGGUAUAAAGGAGCACCUGUUGGUCCUUACAGCUCAGGUCAUACUGCAUGGGAAACACAUGGCUCCUGGUGACCAGCUGAUGUCAACAUUUCUACAGAGACUAAAGCUACAGGACAUUGAGGGAAUUAUACACAACAUUGCUGAAGUGGAAUAAUGAACAUUGGUUGUUUAGUUGUUACAGGAUGUGAAAUAUUAUGAAUAUAUUUAUUUUUUUGUAAUCUUAUUUCAUCUAGAUGUUUGCAGACAUUGUUUUAAAGUAUUUGUAAAUUACAGAAUUUUUUUGAUUUUUAAUUUUACUCAAAUCUGAUUUGAUUUCUACAUCAUUAUUUUUUUUUCUCAGUUUGUUUAUGUUGUUGAUUAACCUUAAAGGUUUUAUACUUUUUAUGAUUAAUUUUUUUUUUUUUUUUAGACGUAUUAGUGUAUACA